UGCUUCCCGGCAGCCAUGUCGGCGGGCUGGCAGACGCCGUGGAGGGCGCUCAGUGCGCUGGGCCGGCUGCUGGCGGACGAGUGCCCAGAGCAGGACGUGCGGGCCAAGCUGUGCCAGCUGCUGCCUCUGUGGCUGGGGCUGGGGCUCAGCCUGAUCGUUGUGGUCCUGGCCUGGCGUCUCUACGGCGAGGCGGUGGCCGCGCUCUGCUACAGGACGGACCCCUCCGCCCGCCGGCCCCCCGGAACUGCCCUCGGCCCCGGGCCCGCGGGGCCCAACGCUCACUCCUUCUCCCCCGCAGGCCGGGCCGGACGCAACGGCGCUGCCGAGCGGCACUGCCUGCCCUGGGACGGUCUGGCAAUGGAACGAGGGAAGACACACCGGGAAUGAGGACUGCCAAGACGGCCGGGCGCUGCCUGCACCAUUAAAGCGCUGUGCUUCA